AGUCCUUAUCAAAUUCUUGGAGGUGAUCCUGGUGCAGUCAGACAGUCCGCGGAGAUCGCGCGGCGCGGGGGGGGUGGGACCGGCACAGAGGCGAAGAGAUCAGAAGGAAGGAGAGAGAGAGAAGGAAACUGGGCAGCUCCUCGUCUUCCCUUCGGCGUCUCCAUGCCUCGGCGGUGCCCCGGCGCCUUCCCCUCGCCCCGGGCGCAGUAGCCAUGGCCGCGGUAGCUGUCCUCCGGAACGACUCCCUCCAAGCUUUCCUCCAGGACCGCACCCCCAGCGCCUCCCCAGACUUGGCCAAGCACUCGCCCCUGGCUCUUCUGGCCGCCACCUGUAGCCGGAUCGGACAGCCGGGCGCAGCGCCGUCGGAUUUCCUGCAGGUCUCCUACGACCCGACGCUGGGAUCCCCCUCCAGGAUCUUCCACCCGUGGAGCGGCGAGAUGCCGGCGCACUCCCCGGGGGGGCUGCCGCCGCCGCACCCCAGCCUGGGGCUGACCCCUCAGAAGAACCACCUGCAGCCCUCCUUCGGGGGAGCGCACGAACUGCCCCUCACCCCCCCGGCGGACCCCUCCUACCCCUACGAGUUUUCCCCCGUCAAGAUGCUGCCCUCCUCCAUGGCCGCCCUGCCGUCCAGCUGCCCCCCCGCCUACGUCCCCUACGCCGCCCAGGCCGCCCUCCCGCCCGGCUACUCCAAUCUGCUGCCGCCCGCGCAGCCCUGCCGGCAGCUCUCGCCCAACCCGCCGCCUGAGGACAUCCCCUGGUGGAGCAUUCAGCAGGCCGGCGCCCCGGGCGGCUGCGGCCACCGCUUCCCCGCGGCCGCGGCGCUGCCGCGGAGCCUGGUGCUGGGCCACUCGGACUUCGCCCAGUACCAGACGCAGAUCGCCGCCCUGCUGCAGACCAAGUCUCCCCUGGCGGCCACGGCCAGGAGGUGCCGCCGCUGCCGCUGCCCCAACUGCCAGUCGGCCGCGGGCAGCGCCCCGGAGGCGGAGCCGGGCAAGAAGAAGCAGCACAUCUGCCACAUCCCCGGCUGCGGCAAGGUGUACGGCAAGACCUCGCACCUGAAGGCGCACCUGCGCUGGCACACGGGCGAGCGGCCCUUCGUCUGCAACUGGCUCUUCUGCGGGAAGAGCUUCACCCGCUCCGACGAGCUGCAGCGGCACCUGCGGACUCACACGGGCGAGAAGCGCUUCGUCUGCCCCGAGUGCGGCAAGCGCUUCAUGCGCAGCGACCACCUGGCCAAGCACGUCAAGACCCACCAGAACAAGAAGCUGAAGGCGACGGCGGACGGUGUCAAGCGGGAGGACGGCCGCGACCUGUGACCGCCGGGCGGCGGGGCGGGACCGGCCCGGGUCCGGCGGCGGCCGCCGCAGCUGCGGACCGAGCGGAGCGGAGCCGCGCCGCGGCUGGGACCCGGGCUGAGGGCGCCUCGCAGCCGAGGCUAGGGCGGCGGGGGAGAGGGCGGCCGGCUCUCGGACUCGCGUCGGUCCCGGCGAGCGGGAGCUCCGCUGGGGGCGGCGCCAGGAGGAGCCGCGGACCCUCAGGCCCGGGACUGGACGCUCGUGGGGCCCUGGGACCGGCACCCUCCCCGCUCCGGGGCGCGGCUGAGGGGAGGCCGCGGCCGUUGGGACGGGAGCGGGGCCGCCCUGUCCGCCGCCUUGGGCCAGGUCGGGGCUUGUGGGCACCCGGGGGUGGGGCGAUAGCGUCGGUCCGGCCAUCCCAGGGCCCGGCCCUCGGUGCUUUCAGGGAAAAAAACUGAAAUUUUGUGUACAGGUUAUUUAAUAGUUCUGUUUGAAUACAAGUGUUUCUCUCCUCGUCCUCGGCCCCGAGCGGGGC